GUCUUAUCACUCGACUGUAGAUUUUACGUUCAUCGAGUUAAAGCAUCCGAGUUCUGUUCGAUUUUCAUAACUUACAAAAUACAAACACUAGUCACUACCCAUCUAUGUGACAAUCUUGACAGAUUGUCAACCGUCAAAUUUUUUUUUAUAAUAAAAAAGAAAAAAAAUGGGUCAUACUUGGUCUGAAUACGUCGCUCCCGAAGUCACUCCGCUGCGAGACCAGCCGUCACAGUUCGAACCACAUUUCGGUUUUACACAGGAGAGACGGGAAAAAAAAAUGAUUGCGUCUUUGGCUGAAAUGGAAGCGGCGAAGAUGCCUUUGGAUGCUCGAGAUUUUUGUGCGCACAUGUUGUUGAAUCUCAGAGGUUGUAUAAGAGAACAUUUUCCGUUCAAUUACCAUUGUCAUCAUGAGCGAGAAGAAUAUUAUGAGUGUCAAUAUCACGAUUAUGUUGAUCGUAUGAAAGACUAUGAAAGAGAGAAACGUUUAUUACAGAGAAGACAGAAGCUGAGGCAACAAGGUGUACCAAAUGCCGAAGAGGGCACUGUUUCAGCUUAAAUGAUACUGUUAUAUCAUUUAGAUUUAUAGAGAAGAACUGUUUUUUUUUUGAAAAAGUACACAAAUGAAAAUGUUUGCAUAACAUAAGUAUGUAUAGAAAAUAUUAUAGACAUUCAUAUAAAAAUUAUACUUUUGUUUUCACCGAUUGUAUAAUAAAUAAACUACAUAAUUAAAUUCUAUAAUAUAUGUCUUAUAAAUUGUAUAAAUCAA